AUGUCAGAUGAUGAUUCUGCAUCUCCUGAUGAAAAGUUCUCAUCUUUCUUACCGGCUCCGACCGCCGAUGACCAGGUGAUCAACGCGGCUCUGCUGCGGCUGGACAUGGUCAACCUGCUGGCAGACAUGGUGUCCCGCUCAGCUAAGCGGGUGCAGGAGGAGAUAGCCACUGAUCUUGGCUACGGGUCAGCUGAGCCGCCGCGGACUGGUGGCAAGCGCUCGCUGGACCACGUGGUGCACCGGGCUCCCGUGCCUUUGCAGGUCGGUAAGAAGCCAGGAGGUGCUGGCUCUACAGAAGUCAUCCCAUCUAUCCAGGACUCCGAGAAUUUGGAGCGGAAGAGGUGGGGCCUGCGGCUCAAACAGAUCUGUGAGCGCGCUGGGGCCAGCGCAGGCGUGAAUGAUCCCUCACGUUGCAUUGGUCUGGCACCGGCUGAGGCAGAUCGUCUCAAGCAGUUAGCUUUUGAAGCAGGCGGCUUCAGAACGAUCAGGCAGAACGUGAGGCAUUGGGAAAAGUUCGACGAGUGGGCGACUUCUCACGGUCUUCGGGUUUACCCGCCCACGAUCGUCGCAGUGAUGCGCUACGCUCUGCACUUGAAGGAUCAGGGUUGUGGGCCGGCAGUGCUCCCAUCGUUCAAAUACGCGGUGGGCUGGAUCUGCAAGCGCCUGGCGAUGUUUUGCCCCGAUCUGGGCGAAGCGCGCCUCAAGGCUGUGAUCGACCAGGUGCACCUUGAGAAGGGCAAGGAGCUCAAAGAGGCCGUUCCACUGCCGCCGCAGUUGGUGCUGGCUCUGGAAGCGUUGGUCCCCCGGCUCGUUAACCAGGGCAAGACCGCCGCCGCGAUCACGGCAUGGUGGGCCCUCAUUUUGAUCUUUGCAUCCCUCAGGUUCGAUGAUGGCGUACACGUUGCUCCAUCGUCCCUGGAAAUGUCAGGUGAUGCCCUGCUCGGCGUGGUUUGGCAAACCAAGGUCGAGCGGAAGAGGAGAGGCACACGUUUCGCUGUGCCGAAUUGCUCCCUCUCCGGAAUUGAGUGGCUGAAGAUCGGUUGGGAUCUUUUUCAACCGAUGAUUUCUGACAGGGAUUAUUUUAUAUGGGAGCUCAAGAAUGAGAAGGAGUUCACUGAGGCCCCCAUCACCUACUCUCGUAGUCUUUCCUGGCUGAAAAGUUUCUUUUUGCUGGGCCUCAUGGAGGCGAAGGUUUUGAACCUCGUGCAGCUCAACGAACUGGAGAUGGCUGAAAAGGCGGUGCAAGAGGUCACAUGGCACUCGAUGAGGGUGACCAUGCUCUCAGAGGCCGUCAAAGCUCAGGUCGAUGACAAGAUCGUGGGCUUGCAGGCCAAUUGGAAAGACCCCAAGCAGCUGGUGCUCAAGUAUGCCAGAAGCCGCAAGGAGCUCUCAGUGGCGAUGGUUAAAGACAUGGCCUCGAAGCUCCGCGAUGAGUGGGUUCCUGACUCCAAACAGUUCGUGAUCGAGGAGGAGGACGAGGAGGCUCAAGAGUUUUCCGUAGGUCUUUUUCUUUUCGCCAGCAUGGUCGAUCGCACGGUGUAUGUCGAUGAGGCGCAUACACCUAAGAUCGCCCUUCGCCAGAUCUUUGGCAGACUGGGGCUGAGCUCAGAUUUGUGCAGGGCAUCGGCGGACGCCGGGCUCUUAUCCGUUGAAGUUUUCGCCAUGCUCGGCGAUGCGGCAGGUCCUGUGAAAUCGUCUCUCCAGACCUUGCUUCCAACUGAUGCUCUUGGGGCGAACGCCGCGGCACAGGAGCUAUCGCUGAUGCAGCUGGCAGCCGUGUGGCAUUCGUGUCACGCGCUGCAAGGCCAGUUCGCCACGAGAAGAGCUCGUAUGGAGGAGGACCCGAACAAGGUUCCCGAGAUGGCCCAAGAAGACCACGCGGAAUUCCGCUCCAGGUUCGUGACGGCUCACCCCGACGUGAUCCUCCUGGAUGCCAAGGAGCCGCACAAGAAGUUCGUUGAGAAGCUCAGCAGAGAUUUCCUUGUUCACGGCAUGGUUCCAUUUUAUGCCGUGGCAGAGAUCCGCACCAGGGCGGAUAGCAUUGUUCAGAAGUCAGGUCUGACGAAGAACGCUGAGGAUCUCUUGACGAUCUCCAAAGCCGAAGAACCUGAUCAGGUGACAGACGUGCAGACCCUGCUUCAUCGAGUUCAUGCGCUGUUUAUGGCUCUGGAGUUUUUGAACAUUUGCACGUAUUCACGUGCGGCAGGGCCUUUGAAAUACAUGCAGGAGCUCGAGCAGUUCAAAGCAGAGUGCCCAGGUCUUCCUUAUCUCCUGGCAGCCGACUCGCUGGUCCGCAAGAAAGUGCACCGGCUCCAGGCUGAACAACGCGAGCUCUAUGGCACUUUUGAAGCUGCGCUCUUGGAGGUCCUCAACAACCACAAGUACCUUUGGAACGAUGCUCGCACAAAGGCUGUCCUGGCGAAGGUGGAUCACGAGAAACCUGAACCACAUGAUCCUCAAGAUCGAGUGGUAGAGAACCAGGACAAGCCUUCCACCCCAAGCCGCCGCCAGCGCAAGCGGCGCAACAAGAAGGGUGGUGCGGUCGACACCAAAGACAUCAAGCAGGUGAAGAAAGAUCAGUUCGAUAAGAAAAAGGACAUGGACUCCAAGAUCGACAAAGACAAGCGGAUCCCUGAGUCCGAAUGGAAGCUCAUCUCUCAGGCAGCCUCCUCGGUCUCCGGGCCCAAGCGGUGCCAUUACUUCAAUUCUUCAAUGGGCUGCGCUCUGGCGGAGAAAUGCCGGUUCAAACACCAAUGCAUGGUCUGCGGUGCUGCUCACCCGAUGGGAGGGGCGAAUGAAGAGCUUGCCGCUCGGACAGUCCUCUCUCGGCCGUUUUGGGGCUCAAUGGUAGUGCCGAUCGGGCCUGCAUUUUUGGAAGUUUUUGCUGGUGAAGCCGGGCUCUCGCAAGCAAUCAGCGCGCGCGGCAUGCAGAUCUUGCCACCCAUUGAGAUCAACACGAACCAGUUCGUACAAAUCUCCGUGGACAUUUUGGAGCCACAAGUUCAGCAGCACGUUGUCAAGCUGAUUAGGGCCAAGGUGAUUGUUUUUAUUCAUUUUGGCACACCUUGCUCUUCCUUCAGCAUUGCUCGGAAGGCUGAUGGGGGUCCACCGCCCCUACGCGAUCGCAGGCAUUUGUGGGGGCUCCCUGGUCUUGCUCCAAGAGACCAGGCCAAACUGCAGUUGGGCCAUGAGUUCAUGCACCUCACUGUGCAGUGGGUGCGGUUGCUCCACGCAAGUGGUCUCGGCUGGUCGGUUGAGAACCCUGCCAGCUCCUUUCUUUGGGAAAUGCCACCUAUGGUCGAGUUGGCGGCUCUGUCCACGGCCAAGAUGUUCAGGCUCGACAUGUGCCGGUUUGGCUCCCCCCACAAGAAGCCGACAGCGGUGCUCUCCAACGUCGACCUACGGGAACUGGCUCUGCUUUGCGACCAAGCUGAACGGCCACAUUCUCAUGAGCCACUGGUCGGCACAGUGCUCUACGAGGGCCAGAAGGUCAAGACGCGCUUAGCGCAGGUAUAUCCAUCCGCUCUGUGCAGCGUUUGGGCACAGGCGAUCGCCGCAACAGGCAUGGAUCCUUUGGCGGCUACAUUUCAGAUGGUCACCCCUGCUGCUGAGCGCAAACGCCCGGUGGGCCAAGAAGUUCCAUGGAAGAUCCACAAGCAAAGGAUCACAGCUGAAAAAGCCAACUCGGCGGGCUAUCAACUGAAGCGAUCGGCAUUGCCGCCGAUCUUAGCCACCGAGAUGGAACCGGGUCAAGCAGUGCAGGCGGCUCUGCACGUGAUUCAUCCGUUCACAAUGGAUCCUGCCCUUGACCCCGACCUUCAAGAAGUUCUCAAUUUGGUAUCAUCGCAGCCACAGUUCGUGCUUGGGCACCGUGCAGGAGCUCUCCGGUUUUGGGAAGCUCGAGCUCACGAGCUGCUUCCCGUCACUGAUCAGUGGUUGCGACAGGUUAGUGAUCCUCACCUGCGGCGCCUUCUUCGCGGUCAACCUGACGGGCAGCCCUUAGUUUUGGGCCAAUGCACCCAUGUCGCGCUCUGGCAAGAAAUGCUGACUGCCGCUCGCUGCAUCGACACGCAGCUGCCGGCGGCAUUGCUCCACGGUUUUUCAAUCGUGGGUGCCAUUCAGCGCAGUUACAGGUGGCCUGCUCUUCCUGUUCAUGACGACGGGAUCUCCGUCCAUGAGUUGUCGGACAGGGCCUGGGAAUUUUUCAACAAGGUAGUCCGCAAUGUCAAGAAAUGUGAGGUCACGGAGAAUACUGAAAAGAUCUGGGCAGCCACUAUGGAAGACGUUGAGGAAGGGGUCACAGUCGGCCCGAUGUUCUCCAGGGAUGAGGUCAGCGCAUUUUUGGGCACUGAGCAAUGGAUCCCCACACAAAGAUUUGAAGUGGUUCAAAAGAAUAAAGUUCGUGGAGUGGACAGCGCCACGGUCAAUGGCGUCAACAUGGCCACUACGAUCACAGAGAAGAUCGAGCUUCCAUCAACAGAUGUCAACGUGGCGGCUCUUCGUUGGUUGCGUUCUCAUGUCGACAAGGACGAGAAGAUCGAAGGUUGGGUCCUAGAUGAACGAAAGGCUUACCGCCAGAUCGGUGUCAAGCCGGAUCACAGAAGGUGGAGUGUGAUAUCGCUCCGUGAGCCUUCCACUGGUAAGGUCUCCUUCUUCGUCAUGAUCGGUCACUCCUUCGGUCUGGUGUCGGCGGUCUACAACUACAAUCGAAGAUCAGCCGCCAUCACGGACGUUCUGAGGAGAAUCUUUUUGGUGGCAGCCUUCAAUUUCUAUGAUGACAAGUACGGCUUCGAACCGUCAACCACUUGCUCUUCUGCGUUUGAGGUCGCUCAAAAAGUGCAUCUUUGGUUGGGGGCGCAGUUCGACCCGAAGAAGUUGCAGCAGUGUAGCGACCCCACGAUCCUCGGUGUCACCUACGACCUCAACGAUAUGUUGCUGAAGAUCAAGCCGUCGCGGAAGUCGGAACUGGAAGAAGAGAUCUCUUCCAUCUUGGAGUGCCAGGUCUUUCCGCCGGGUCAGGCAGGGAAACUUCGCGGCAAGCUCAUGUUUGGCGCGUCACAGCUCUGGGGGAAGAUCGGGAGAGCUUUCCUGCGUUCGCUUUCUGAACGCCAAUGCUCCAAGAUGAACCACACCAAGCUCAACAAGGCGCUGGUGAUCUCGCUGCAGCAAUGGUUGUGGUUGAUCAAGGAAGGGCCACCACGGCCCAUUGAGUUCGCCAAGCCAAGAACGCCGGACUUUGUGAUCUUCACUGACGGCAGCUUCCCAGAUGGUUCCAAGGGAUCCCCCACUCUACCGUGGAUCGGGGGCGUUCUUUUUCAGAAAGGUGCUCAGCCAUUGCAGUUUGGAGCGGCUGUCGAGUUCUCCCUCAUUGAAAAGUGGAUUCCGAGGAAGUCGCAGAUCGCGAUGGUGGAGCUCUUUGCUACGGUGGUCGCUCUGCGCACGUUUUCUGAGAGGCUGGCAGGAUCCUGGUCUUUGUUGUUAGUUGACUCUGAACCCGUACAGGGAGCUCUAGUGAAAGGAUACUCAGCUCGUGAAGAUUUGUGCGAGCUGGUAAGCGUAUUCUGGAACAUAGCUCUGGAGCUCAAGGUUCAGUUGUAUAUAGACCGAGUUCCAACAGAUGCCAACCCGGCCGAUCACCCGUCCAGAGAUCGGAUGCAGGCCUAUGCAGCAUUCUCUACGCGCGAUGUGGCUCUGCGCUGGAUCUUCGCGCUGUGCUCGCUACUGCGCUGGCGCUGCAGCUCGGGAUCUUGGCUGCUCUUGAAGCGCUUGGGUGAAGUGAUGAUCUGCCACUAUCGUGCAGCGGACGGAGCUCUUUUGGUCUUCGACAUCGCCAAUGAGCGAUCCUUCCAGAAUUUAGACAAGUGGCUUUCAGAACUGAGAGAAAACACAGAUCCCAGUGUUGUGGUAGCUCUGGUCGGCACCAAGACUGACCUGGCAUCACAAAGGCAAGUUGCCAGCGAUCGGGCGCAGAGCUAUGCUAGGUCCAACGGCCUUCUCUACAUGGAGACAUCAGCCUACUGGAAUAAGUAUGAAGGUGGGGAGAAGGACUUGGCAGUUGGGGUGGAGCAAAUCUUCUUGAGGCUUUUGCGAGGAAUUUUGCAAAGACAAAAAGAGUUGGGCCGAAAUCCUGCCCGGCUUGAUAUGUCUGGCUACCCCGAGGCAAUCAAUCUUGAGGAAGAAGGCCGUUCAUCAGAUCAAUGCGCAUGCUAA